AUGACAGGAAUGAGUUCCCAAAAUAGCCUUGCCAAUGGUUCCAUUAGCUCCAAUACCGUCGGCGCAAGCUCCACCUCUACCUCCGCGGUUCGAUCGCGCCCUCGCCGCCUGGUCUCCUUCAUGGACGAUGAAGACGACACGUCCAGUUCAAACGGCAACUAUGCCUACAAUGAAGCUCCGACAUUCACUUCGGGGUCGUCAACUACUUUUCUAACAGAUGGAAACACUCGUUCUCGCGGCGCUACCCCCUCGCCGCUCUCAUCCCGCGGAGCAUCGCCCUUGCCCAUGAGACAUCCCUCCCGAGUCACCGAGUCAGUGUAUCGCAGUCGCAAUGAGCCUAUAUCGCUAGGCUGGAAUGGAUCGUCCAAGCCAGCAAGAGGAGGUACAGACUUCCUAGACUCCCCGUGGUCUUCUCUACAAAACCUGGCAUCAUCGGUUCUAGGGAGCAGCACUGGACGGAACACAGAUAAUUCGGCAAAGACACAUACCCGCAGGAAACCGUCGCGAUCGGACAUAUAUACCAAGAGCAUUCCCAGAACAACCCCCUCAGCAUGGGGGCCAUCCGCGCCCGCUACCCCGGAUUUUGGAAGUGGGACCAAGGAGGAGCGACAGGCGCUAGUGCAGGCAAAGAAACGGGAAGCAUUGCUGCUUGCAGACUCCGAUUUAAUAUCAGGCCGCAAUUUCCGGCAUAAAAAACGCGACUCGGGUGAUUAUUCUGAUCAGGUAAUCGACCCAGAUCACGACGAGGACGCGCUGGCGUAUAUCCAUCAUGUACAGGCAUCGGAUAGUAUCACAGGCGUGACGAUCAAAUAUGGUUGCCAAGCGGCUGUUUUUCGGAAAGCGAAUGGUUUCUGGCCCAACGACAACAUCCAGAGCAGGAAGACGGUUCUAUUGCCGGUUGAUGCGUGCACCGUGAAGGGCCGGCCCAUUCGACAGGAGCAUGUGGAUCUUCUUGGUCCUGAUUCUGAAGAUGGAACCGGCAGCUGCAUUGCGCCCGCCGCUGAUUCGUCUGCAGUUGAUUCUACCACUCCAGCAACAGAACGAAAGACUACCGGCCACUCAGAAUCGGAAGUCAAUAAGAUCUGGAAACACGAGUCUUGGGUGAAAAUAGAGGGAUUUCCAGACGCCAUCGAAAUCGGACGUGUUCCACGAAGAGCACUAGGAUUCUUCCCACGAACGCGUCGGAAAUCUGUGUCUUACACUGAUGCCGAGCCUCUAUCUGUGAUCUCGUCACAAGACCCAACCCGGUCUUCUUCCCCGUCUGGAUCGUCCCAAGUUGAUUCCUCCCAAGCCACACUUCCACGCGCCCGCCCGCGUGGUGGGGACCCGGCAAAACCCAGUGGCUCGCACCCAGUUCGCCCUAAGCAUCGUCGUCAACGCAGCAGUCUUCAUCUUUCUGGUACCGGCGUCGGUACUCUGGAUCGCACAUCAACUGCGCCCGGACCGGCUCUGGAUGGACUUAGCAAAUUCUUCUCACAACACAUGCCCCAGUUAGCACCGCCCCCGGCACUCUCGGACCUACGAACACCUUCUUUUGGCUCCGAGUCCGUCACUUCUAACGCUUCAAUGGGUCUAGAGAAUCUAGGCGGGGCGCUGGAAGGAUGGGUUCGCAAGGUGGCGACACGAGCUAAGGUCGGCUUCAAUGACAUGCAAGGUUCCCCGACCCUGUCAGCAUCCGGCCGGGGUCGAAGUCCGGGGCUGUGGGGCAUGAACGAUUUAAUUGAAUUGGAUGAUGCUUCAGAGGAUCGAAGGUCUCCCAGCGCCAUUGGGAUUUCAAGAAGAGCAGAACAAGACACAUCCUCGUCUUCUUCUUCUUUCCGUCCCACAGCCUCUGCCUCCGCAACGAGCAGGCCUCGUGCGACUGGUUCGGGCUUCACUGCGUAUGGCGAGAGAGCCAAGGAUGACUGA